GAUAUAGAACUGCGAGGUGAAGACGACGUUCACUCUGUCCUGGCUUGGAAGGCAACACGGUGGAUUCAAACGGUUUCUGUGCUGGAUACCAACCUUGAUGGGUAGGUGCAAGCAGAAGGACAGAGAGAGGAAAAGAGCAGCUGAAGGUUGUGCUUCAAUGUUCAACUUUGUUUCAAAGAAACCGAGAGUUCCAGAUGAAGGCAGUGCAAGUUUGGUGGGUACCAGUGCUUCUAAUGAUGAAGAUGGCUGCCUCCAUGCUGAAAGAAGUAACGAUGAUCAGCUGAAAACGCAGUCCAUUUACACAGGUCCACAAGUGUCUUCAUAUGACAUUGGAAAGGUCAUCCAAGCCACCAUGAGUCACACUGAAAUAGAUGAGGCUAUUAACAACAUGUCACCUGGGGACAAGUACAUGAUGUUGAAGAACCACGUCAAACCAGGGUCGGACUACAUUUUCCCAAAAACUUAUACAGCCCUGUCUGCCACAGCUAGCUCCUUGUUGGGACUAGUGCCAUCUGUGAUAUGCAAUCGUCAUCUCGACACCACAGAGAUUGUGAGCAUGUAUGCCGAAGACCUACCCAGUCCAGAACUUGUUGACCAAGAGAUUACAAGGUGGAAGUUGAAGUAUGGCAGAGUGCCUGGGUCACAGAGGCCGAACACCCCUGCAGGUUCCAUUAAAGAGUGUGACCGAGACCUGUACCCCAACCUGCAUGUCCUACUUCAACUGGCCUGCACACUCCCUGUCACCUCCUGCGAGUGUGAGCGCAGUGCCAGUGCCCUUCGUCGACUGAACAGCUACAUGCGGGCAUCAAUGGGGAAGGAGCGUCUCUCAUCACUGGCACUACUUCACAUUCACUACAGCAAACACAUUGACCUUGACAGAGUUGUUGAUGUGUUUGCAAACAAACACUCGAGGAGGAUGGAGCUGGACUCACUUGUCUAUCCAGAGAUAUAAGAUGUUGGACAAAACUGUCUUAUGCAUUGUAAAAAAAAAAGGUUUUGCAAAACUACAUUUGUCUUGAGAAAUUUUAAUCUUACUCUAUAGUGUCAUUUUUUUAUGUGUAGAUGUGGAUUGUAUUGUAUUUUUCAAUUCAUUAAUUUCAUUCAUAAAAAACAAUGUCUAACAAAGCAAAGUAAAAAGAUGAGUUAUUUUUGCAA